AUGGGUUAUCAGCACCUGGGGCAAGAUGCUUCUGAGCUUCCCUGUUGGUACCAGAUCACACUGUGGGCAGGAGGCUUUGUGAUCAUCAUCCUGGGGGUGGCUGUGACAGUCUUGGAUGCUUCUGGGCUUCCCUGUUGGUACCAGAUCACCCUGUGGGCAGGAGGCUUUGUGAUCAUCAUCCUGGGGGUGGCUGUGACAGUCUUGGCUUUGCCGCUGGAAGCUGACAAGGGAAACAUUGUGCUGAAGAAUGGUGGAUGCAAUGCCUCAACAGACAAGUUCCAGGCUUUCAUAAGACACAACUUCUGCAAUCAAAAUCAGAAUAGGUCCUCAGAUAAUUCCACUUGCAAAGUGUGUCCUAUACAAUGGCAGCUCCACAGGGACAAGUGCUACUGGACAUCAGAAAUUCUUAAAACCUGGGGUGAGAGCAAACAUGACUGUUCAACAAGGGAUUCUCAACUGCUGGUCAUCCAAGACAAGGAGGAGCUGGAUUUCAUAAAAAACAUUACAAAAGAAUCAAAUUACUGGAUUGGGCUCUCACUAUUAAAAUCGGAGAAGAAAUGGAUGUGGAUUACAGGCUCCCAGCUUGAUCAGAGUCUAUUUCCAGAACCAGACUAUGCUGAAGGAAACUCUUGUGCUGCAAUAAAAUAUAAAGUCACCUCUGAACGCUGCAGUACUGAAUUUAUGUGGAUUUGCCAGAAAGACCCUCUCCUGCUCUGA